UAACGCACUGCUCGAGAGACGACGGCGCUGUCUGUUCUCUGGACUUGGGGCGAUGGCGCAUCAUCUACGGUGGGCCUCGACGUCCAAGCUGACACUGGCGUCGACGUCGUCGUCGUCGAGUGGGCUACUCUCUGCUCAGCCUGGGUGGCGAGGCAACGCCUCCUCCACUUUGCCCUCGUCGGCUCGGACGCUCUUCAUGCACACGCCAGUGCCAGUGCCGUUGCUGCUGCCGUCCCGUGCUCCUCCUCGUGGGAUACGCUCGGCUGUGGGCCUUCAAGUAGCUGGAAGUGUGAACAAACCACGGCUGCUCCAUACGACGGCACCGUGGCACGACCACUAUAGCACACUCGACAUUUCUCCCCAGGCCUCGCAGAAGGACAUCAAGGCGCAGUUCUACAAGCUAUCGAAGCAGUUCCACCCAGACCGCAACCAGGGUUCAGACGAUGCGAAGCGCAAGUUUCAGGAAGUGUCCGAGGCGUAUGCGUCGCUCGGGACCGAGGCCAAUCGGAAAGAAUAUGACCGGUCCCUUGCGGCACGGAGAGCGGGUGGUGGGGGAGGCGGAGGGAGGAGCUUCCGGUACGCCUCGUCGGACAACUCGUCGCGACGGGCCCGCGCGACAUAUGCGUGGAAUUACCGGCAGCAGCAGGGCCGGCGCGACUCGCAGCACCAUCAGAGCAGGGCCUCGUCGUACCACCCCCACUUCUCUGGCUCCUCGACGAGCAGCGGCAGCGGCAGCUCAUCAUCGAUGUUUGAGCGCUUUGCGGCGCGCGAGCGGCGGCGCGAGGCCGCGACGCAGGCUCGCCAGGGCACCGCGGCCUACAAGGACAGCUUCGGCAAUGUCUCGCCAGAGGAGCACCAUGCACAGACGGCCAGCCCCGUCAUCAGAUUCCUCCAGGUCGCAGGGCUUUUCUACGUCGUCUUUUGGGUCGGCACGAGGCUGGGGGGCGGGAGCCAGACGACCAAGAUCAAGGCCGAGCAAGAGGACGAGUGGGAGCAUAGAGACUCAGUGACAAUCAGAAGAUGUUGAACGUCCAGAUUCCACCCCAAACAGCAUUUAGACGGUCUGUUUUCAAGCUCCUUACUCAUGUCAUUAGCAAAUCCGCGAGGAUCCUGUAUUCUACCAAGUGAUCCUCUCACAGACCCUGAGGCUAUAUACAGUACAUGCAUCUUUUUUUCAACUGUCUC